CCACCCACGUUCAAAAAUUAAAUGAACACAUCAACGACGCACGAAGCCUGCGACGGAAAAUACCGAAUACACGCCGGCGCCGCAAUAUCGGAAGAGAAGCAAAAGGUGCCUACGCAAUCUGGCCGCCGGUGUUGACGGCGCCGACCCGGAUCCCUCCUCGGCCAAGGAGUCGGAUCAGCUCCGACCUCCGAGAAACCGGCCGCGCUCGUCGGCACGCCGUCACUUCUUCUCACCGUUGCAGGCGGCAGCCGCCUCCAUCCAUCUGGAUUUGGCCGCCAGGGACAUGGGACUCCUGGAGCUCUUCAUCACGGCAUGUGUGCCUGUUCUCAACAUGCUCUUGGUAACUGGCGUCGGAUCAUUCCUGGCAACCGACUUUGCUGGGAUUCUAGGCAAAGAAGCAAGGAAACAUCUGAACUAUGUAGUGUUUUAUGUAUUCAAUCCAUGCCUUGUCUCCACCUAUUUGGCAAAAACAAUCACCAUGGAAAGCAUGGCCAAACUGUGGUUCAUGCCAGUGAAUGUCCUAUUCACGUUUAUCUUCGGGUUAAUCUUCGGUUGGAUCGUGAUUAAAGUCACCGGAGCCCCACCCAAGUUAAGAGGCCUCAUCUUGGGCUGCUGUUCUGCUGGUAAUCUCGGAAAUAUUUUCCUCAUCAUCAUUCCAGCUCUUUGCAAAGAGAAGGGAAGCCCGUUCGGAGCACCUGAUGUUUGUCAGACUUACGGACUAGCCUACUCAUCACUCUCAUUGGCCAUUGGUGCGGUAUUUCUGUGGACAGGAGCGUAUAAUAUUAUCCGUGCAAAUUCAGAAGUCACUGAAGGAGACGGCAACUCUCCAACAACUCAAACAAAAGCCUUGGUUUCUGGAAGCACUACGGGUGUGGUUACAGAAGAGAAUUAUCCGAUAUUGAGGGAUCACGUGGACGAAUGCGCUCUCCCGUUGAUAUCCAAUACAACAACCAAAACUAAGGUACCAUUGUCAGAGAGAGCAAAACGAAUUGUAUCAUCGGUUUCUAGAACAGUUGAUCUGAAGAAGCUGUUUGCUCCUUCGACUAUUUCGGUGAUUGUCGGUUUUAUAAUUGGAGGAACACCUCUGCUUAGAAAUGCUAUGAUCGGAGAAAGCGCUCCACUUCGUGUCCUUCGCGAGUCGGCUGAACUAAUCGGCGGAGGAGCUAUUCCAUCUGUUACGCUGAUCAUGGGAGGGAAUCUCAUAACUGGAUUGCGAGGAGCCGCGAGCGUCCCGCGGUCGGUGAUCGCCGGUGUGGUGGCUGUCAGGUACAUUCUGCUUCCCUUGCUUGGCACAGUACUUGUCAAGGCGGCGGUCCGGUUUGGCAUCAUCCAGCCAGAUCCUCUGUACCAGUUCAUCCUCCUAUUGCAGUACGCCGUCCCACCCGCCAUGAACAUCGGGACAAUCACGCAGCUGUUUGGCGUGGGGGAGAGCGAGUGCUCGGUGAUCUUCGUGUGGGUGUAUGCGCUCGCGUCGGUCGCGGUGACAGUAUGGUCCGCGUUCUUCAUGUGGACCCUGUCGUGAACCUCUCUCGUGUAUUAGUACGUGGAUCGGAACCUCUGAAGCUGCGAGAUAGAAACGAGAGAAAUGACGGCGAGCCAAGCUGCCGAGCUUAACUGAACACCUACAAGUUGUGGAAGAUUUUUGCUUCCGAGCUUAACUGAACACCUAACCGCUGUAUAUCACGACUAAACUCUAAGUUGCAUACAGUUGUUGCUUGGUCGAGGAUGAUCCAAAUUUGAACUUGGGGAGGUUGAGGAGUCCACCUUGUAUUACCCCAUUAGUGUCUGUAUACUCAUAAAUUCAUUGCCAUAUUCUGCAAAGCCGCUUUUUUUUA